AGUUACUGUUUCUGCUUUUUUAUAAUUUUGUUUCAGUUUCAGAUCUGAUCGCAGAUCUUGAAUCUCCGACGAAUCUCUUCAUUUUCGGAUUUUUUCCUUCUCUUAUUAACUAUUUUGAAAGCGUGAAUUUUUGAGUGCUUUUGUUUGCUAGUGUGAAGAGAAGUGCACCAGCCAUUCGAAUCCGAAUUUUCCAAGUUCACUUUCAUGUUCUUCCUCGAAUUCGGAUUUUCUCCCCCUUGUUGAUAAAUAAAUCUUUAAAGUUGGCUCCUCAAAGGAGAUCGCAGCGCCACUUGGGUGGCCAGAUGCAGCAAACCAAUGCUGCAGCGACGGCUCUCUACGAUCACACUGGCGGAGGUGGUAGCGGGUCCUUGCAUAAUGGGGGUCCUUCCGGUGGCGAUGCUGGUGAUGCCGUUAUGGCGCGGUGGUUGCAGUCUGCUGGAUUGCAACAUCUGGCCUCUCCCUUGGCAUCUAGCGGUGUCGACCAACGCCUCCUUCCCAAUCUCCUCAUGCAGGGAUAUGGAGCACAAUCUGCAGAAGAGAAGCAAAGGCUUUUUAAAUUAAUGAGGAACCUCAAUUUUAACGGGGAACCUGUGUCAGAGCCAUACACACCAACUGCCCAAAGUUUGGGAGGACUUGGGACAUCUGAUGGUUUCUACUCUCCAGAGUUCAGGGGGGACUUUGGAGCUGGGCUUCUUGAUCUUCAUGCAAUGGAUGAUACAGAGCUUCUCUCUGAGCAUGUUAUCUCAGAACCUUUUGAGUCAUCACCAUUCAUGCCUAGUUUGAAUAAAGAAUUUGAAGAUGGAUGUAAUGUAACAAUCAGCCGGCAACAAAAAGAGCUGAGUGAUGCUGAUGCCUCCACUUCAUUAUUCUCUACCAAUGAAAAAGAGAUGAGCACGAGGGAAAACAAUGUUGCCAAGAUUAAAGUUGUGGUACGUAAAAGACCAUUAAAUAAGAAGGAGAUUUCUCGGAAGGAGGAUGAUAUUGUAACUGUGAUUGAGAAUGCUUUAACUGUCCAUGAACCUAAGCUAAAGGUGGACUUAACAGCAUAUGUAGAGAAACAUGAGUUUUGUUUUGAUGCUGUUCUGGAUGAGCAUGUUACUAAUGACGAGGUGUAUCGUGAAACUGUUGAGCCGAUUAUUCCCAUCAUUUUUCAACGAACAAAAGCCACAUGUUUUGCAUACGGGCAAACAGGUAGUGGUAAGACGUUCACAAUGCAACCAUUACCGCUCAGAGCAGCACAAGACCUUGUUAGAUACUUGCAUCAGCCAGUUUAUCGCAAUCAGAGAUUUAAAUUGUGGCUUAGCUUUUUUGAGAUAUAUGGUGGAAAACUCUUUGACCUUCUGAGUGAUAGAAAGAAACUUUUAAUGAGAGAAGAUGGGAGACAACAAGUCUGCAUUGUUGGAUUGCAAGAAUUUGAGGUGUCAGACGUCCAAAUUGUGAAGGAAUACAUUGAGAGGGGAAAUGCUGCUAGAAGCACAGGAUCUACUGGUGCAAAUGAGGAAUCUUCAAGGUCACAUGCUAUUUUACAACUUGCAAUCAAGAAGCACCCAGAGAUAAAGGAAUCGAAGCGGAACAAUGAUGAGAAUGAAUCAAAACCUGGGAAGGUUGUGGGAAAGAUUUCCUUUAUUGACCUUGCUGGAAGCGAAAGAGGUGCAGAUACAACUGACAAUGAUAGGCAAACUAGGAUUGAAGGUGCUGAAAUAAAUAAAAGUCUUUUGGCUCUUAAGGAGUGUAUUCGUGCUCUAGACAAUGAUCAGAUCCAUAUCCCAUUCCGUGGGAGCAAACUCACUGAGGUGCUCCGUGACUCGUUUGUCGGUAAUUCAAGAACAGUUAUGAUCUCCUGUAUUUCUCCAAAUGCAGGGUCAUGUGAACAUACUCUCAAUACUCUGAGAUAUGCUGAUAGGGUUAAGAGUCUUUCCAGAAGUGGUAAUCCAAGGAGAGAUCAGGCUGGAAAUCCUUUGCCACCUAGUAAUAAGGAUGCUUCUUCAGCAUCUUCCCUGUUAGCUACUGCUGAUGCAGAAGAUGUUUUUGAGCAACAACAGGAAGUAAAAUUUGCUCAUAUGGGUCGAAAGAUUGUAGAGAAAGAUGUUUAUGCUGCAGACUUCAACAAACAGCCAUCAAAAUUUUCAUCAAGUUACCCGUUCAAUGGGAGGGAGGAAAGUGGAAAGGCUUCUGGCCCAGUGGAUAGGGAUAGAUUUGAAGUGAAUGGUAAUUAUGGUGGUUCUACAAGUCAAAGAGUUUACUCAUCAAAUUCUCAAUAUUCAGCUGAUACAGAAGAGAAAGUGCCGAAGGUGUCACCACCUCGUAGAAAAGCAACAAGAGAAGAAAAACCAGAGAAGAUGAGGAAUAUGGCCAAGAAAGAUGGCGGAAGUUCUGAUUUGUCCACUUCAAACUCUAGGCAACCGAAUGCUGUUAAUAAUUAUGAAGCAAAUAACUUUGGAUAUAGAGAAUAUGAUCCUGAGCCUUCUGCUGAUGAUACAGAAGAGAAAGUAACGAAGGUGUCACCACCUCGUAGAAAAACUAGAGAAGAAAAACCGGAGAAGUUGAGAAAUAUGGCCAAGAAAGAUGGAGGAGGAUCUGAUUCUGUUAAUAAUUAUGAAACAAGUAAUGUUGGAUAUAGACAAUAUGAUCCUGAGCCUCCCACUGAUGAGAAUAUCAAUGCAAUACUUGAGGAGGAAGAGGCUCUAAUUGCUUCUCACAGAAAAGAAAUUGAGGACACAAUGGAGAUUGUUCGUGAAGAAAUGAAGCUAUUGGCAGAGGUGGAUCAACCAGGCAGCCACAUUGACAAUUAUGUGACCCAGCUGAGCUUCGUGCUUUCACGCAAAGCAGCUAGUCUGGUUAGUCUUCAAGCACGCCUUUCCCGGUUCCAGCAUCGACUGAAAGAGAAGGAGAUACUGAGUCGGAAAAGAGUUCCUCGUUGAUGCAGUCAUGUGUUCUCUGCUUUAGUUGCUGCACCAGACCCUGUCCACCGAUGCACGGAGUUACGGUUUGGGCUUGAGAGGAAAUUCAGCAGUGGAGAGAUCCUGAUCCAAUUUCCCGGCAUCAAUUGUUGCCAUGCUCAUACAUGUUUCCUGCAGACGCAUCGGUGACGAUGAUUCAGGUGCUUAUACUUAUGUGAUGCUUGGUUUAUCGAAAUGUAUUGUUUAGAUGAUGAAUGUGAUGAUGUUCUUGUUGAGAUUGAAUGGUUUGUGUUGUUUAAUGGGCGACCAGAAAAAUGUUUUCUUUAAAUCAUUUCUAGGAAAUGAGA